AUGUGGCAAAGGGUAGUCCCGCUGCUGGCUCUUGCCACGCUGUCACAGGCUCUCGACUGGGACGCUGCAUACGCGAAAGCAAACGCUGCCCUCACGAAGCUCACACAAGAUGAGAAGCUUGCCAUAGUCACAGGCGUCGGUUGGACUAAAGGUCCCUGCGUCGGCAACACCGGAAGCGUAAACUCCAUCGGAUAUCCAUCUCUUUGUCUGCAGGAUGGCCCACUUGGCAUCCGUUUUGUCGAAAAGGUCACGGCUUUCCCUGCCGGUGUCAAUGCAGCCUCGACCUGGGACGUCGACUUGAUUCAUGAGCGAGGCGUGGCGCUCGGGGCCGAGUCAAAGGCUCUGGGGAUCAAUGUCCACCUCGGUCCUGUGGCCGGAGCUCUGGGUAAGAUCCCAUUCGGAGGGCGUAACUGGGAGGGAUUCUCGCCGGACCCGUACUUUGCGGGCAUCGCCAUGGCCGAGACGAUCAAGGGAAUGCAGGAGUCGGGCGUCCAGGCGUGUGCUAAGCACUUCCUCCUGAAUGAGCAAGAGAAGAAUAGGGAGACAAUGGACACGAGUGUAGACGACCGGACGUUGCAUGAAUUGUAUCUCUGGCCGUUUGCAGAUGCCGUCCAUGCCGGCGUUGCGACCGUCAUGUGUUCGUACAACAAGUUCAAGACCUUCUGGGCGUGCGAGAGUGAGGAACUGCUGAACCACACCUUGAAAGGCGAGCUUGGGUUCCGUGGUACCGUCAUCAGUGACUGGAAUGCACAGCACUCAACCGCGCUGAGUGCCAACACUGGCCUAGACAUGACCAUGCCGGGCACCGACUUUAACAAUCCACCCGGCAGCGUCUACUGGGGCGUAAAGCUAGGGCAAGCCAUUACGACUGGUGAGGUACCGCAAUCAAGGCUCGACGAUAUGGUGAGGAGGAAUCUGGCUGGUUGGUAUGGGCUUGGUCAGGACAAGAACUAUCCUCCAGUGACCUGGAACUCCUUUAACAACACUGGUGGAGGUCCGAACGUACAGGGUGACCACAAGAGAAUCGCUCGCACCAUUGCUAGGGAUUCAAUAGUCCUGCUGAAAAACAUAAACAACACCCUUCCGCUAAUAAAACCAAAGAGCCUGGCCAUAGUCGGCCAAGAUGCUAUUGUGAACCCGGCUGGUGCAAAUGCCUGCGCUGACCGUGGAUGUAACAUUGGUCAUCUAGCCAUGGGUUGGGGAUCUGGCACGGCACAAUUUCCCUAUCUCAUCGCCCCUCUCGACGCUAUUAGACCCCAAGCCAUCGCCGACAAUACAACACUUGCAACCAGUACGAGCGACGACCCUGAUGCCGGUGCCAACGCCGCCCGAGAUACUGAGUUUGCUCUCGUCUUUAUAACCUCCGAUUCGGGCGAAGGCUACAUCACCGUCGAAGGUAACCAAGGCGACCGCCUUACACUCGACCCCUGGCACGACUGUAACGACCUUGUUGAGGCCGUCGCGGCUGUGAAUAAGAAGACCAUCGUCGUCGUCAACAGCGUCGGUCCAAUCAUCCUCGAGACAAUCCUUGCCCAGCCCAAUGUCCUCGCCAUUGUAUGGGCUGGCAUCGCAGGCCAGGAAAGCGGAAACGCCCUGGUCGACGUGCUAUACGGCGGCACGUCGCCCAGCGGCAAACUCCCAUAUACAAUAGCCAGACGCGCCGCGGACUACGGCACCACUAUUUUGCCUGGCACAGAUACGUUCGACGAAGGCCUCUUUGUGGAUUACCGCCAUUUCGACAAAGCCGCCAUCGAGCCCCGCUAUGAAUUCGGCUUCGGUCUUUCAUACAGCAAAUUCACAUACUCUACCCUCAUCCUCGAUCUUGACACGACUCCCGGACCCGCGCCAGGCCCAACCGGCCCCGGCGGGCCCCUCUCGCUCUUCAGUUCCAUCGGCCACAUCAGCGCAACGAUCACAAACACUGGCCGUGUCGCCGCCGCCGAGGUCGCCCAGCUCUACAUCACACUGCCAGCGUCCACAUCAGCCGGGGAGGGAGACAUACCCGUGCGGCAGUUGCGCGGCUUUGCAAAAAUCAGCCUUGCACCCGGCGAGAGUGGGGUUGUGAGUUUUGUGCUAAGACGGAGGGAUGUCAGUUAUUGGGAGGCGACCAGUAUGGAAUGGGUUGUACCUCGGGGGGUAUUUGGAGUAGUAGUUGGAGCGAGUUCGAGGGAUCUGAGGUUGGAGGGUAGAUUUUCAGUCGAUGCGUAG